AGUUGCCAUUCUGUCGAUGUUUCAUUCAACGCGUUAGUUUUCAUUCGUUUGUCGUUCACAUUUCAUUCAAUCGUAUUUUACUCAAGAUUCGCCGCCAUCUUUCUUUUCUCGCUAGUCUUGUCGGCAGGAAGAUACAGAUAUAAUGACUACAAACGAGCGUGCCGGGGACGCAACGUCCGAUGUGGAAUCUGGAGAAGAAGAAAUGGUAGGCGGUGGCGAAUUGGCGGCACAUUUAAUGAAAAGUGGCAUCACCCGCAACGAAAUGCUGGCAGCCAUCACAAAUCGCAUGCACGCGGAGGCAAUGGCGUCACUUCCACCCAACGUUCGUCGGAGGAUUCGCGCCCUGAGGACGCUUCAGAAGGAGUUUGCGGAUAUCGAGUCAAAGUUCUAUUUGGAAGUCCAUGCGCUCGAGUGCAAAUAUGAGAGAAUGUACAAGCCACUGCUUGAAAAGCGAGCUCAAAUAGUGGCGGGUACUUACGAACCCACCGACACUGAGUGCCUAAACCCCUGGCGGGACGAGACUGAGGAGGAGGAACUGGCGCGAGCAGUGCAAAACGCUGCCAUCGCUGAGGGUGAUGACAAAAAGGAAGAAAAGGAACCUGCAGAACCUCCCAUGGACCCCAAUGUAAAGGGAAUCCCGGAUUUCUGGUACACCAUUUUCAAAAAUGUCUCAAUGCUGUGCGAAAUGAUGCAAGAACACGAUGAGCCUAUAAUAAAAUGUUUGCAGGAUAUUAAAGUGCAAAUGUCUGAAGAUCCCAUUUGCUUCACGCUGGAGUUCCACUUUUUGCCCAACGAUUACUUCACAGACACAGUUCUGACCAAGGAGUACUCUAUGAAGUGCAAGCCUGAUGAGGAAAAUCCGCUAGAAUUUGAAGGACCCGAAAUUUAUUCAUGCAAGGGUUGCGAAAUUAACUGGAAGAAGGGCAAGAAUGUAACAGUGAAGACCAUCAAGAAGAAGCAGAAACACAAGUCGCGCGGCUCUGUACGCACUGUUACAAAGUCUGUGCAAGCAGACUCUUUCUUCAACUUCUUCUCGCCACCGCAAAUGCCUGAUGACCCCAACUCCACCCUCGCGUCAGACACGCAGGCUUUACUGACGGCGGACUUCGAGGUGGGCCACUACAUCCGCGAACGCGUGGUUUCUCGCGCAGUGCUGCUAUACACGGGCGAGGGGCUCGACGACGACGACGAUGAUGACUACGAGGAGGAGGAGGAUUCGUACUCCGAUGAGGACUCUGGUACCGAGGAGGUUUCUGAUGCCGAGGACUGACGGAAAACAUCACUGUCCAAGCGCGCCUAUAGCAUUUAAACUCAAUAGGCUGCCCCUAAACUGAGGCCAAAACUAUGCCAUCAUAGAGACUUGCUAUGAAAAAUAAUAAAGAAUCUAUUUUCGUACCCCAUUUAUAUUUCGUUUCAAUUAAGGUUUUAAUUUUCAAUUCGUAUUAGAUAGAAAAAUAAAACUGCAAGUCUGCGUGGUAUGUUUUUAGUUUCUUAGUUCAGGGACAAUGUAUGCGUACUAUAGACGGCUUUGUCUGAAACGGGUUCAUAUAUCUCCCUCAACGAAAAAUUAUUUUUUUACCGUGAAAAAUAUUGAAAUUUUCUAAUACGCGGAUUGAUGAACUUUAAAUACUCCUGAGCUGUGGGAACAUACUCUAGGCGCCUCGAAUAUUCAUCGAAGCCUAUGAACAAUAUAGAGGUGUUUCCAAUAUGUAAUCCAUUAUUUUCGGUUAGUCAUUAAAACAAGUAAAUUGUUAGUAUUUUGUGCUUGACUUAUUUUUUUAAGUGACUUCUCGCGUUAAUCCCGUUCUAUGCAUGGUUUAUCCUUAGAGUAGAUAAAUAUGUUGUAGACACAAGUUGUGUAUAGGCUCUCUGAGUGUAAAGCCAGAAGUGAACACUGAACCAGUGCCUACAUAAGGUUUAAAUAAAUGCAUGUUAACGGUUACACGUUUUUAUUGUUUAUAACGAAUACCUAUAUUGCAUUUCUAGUUUAGUUAUACAAUUCUCGUUUUUAUUUAUUAUUAUACAUUAAUUAAUUAUUAUUGUAUUAGUGUGUAUUUUUUGUUUAAGAAUUUUACGUAUUCGUUUGUGUACUUUUAAAUUUUCAUGUGAUAUUACUACUCUGUAAGGCUAUUAAUUGGAAGUUUCCUAAAUCAAAUUGAGUUUGUCAUUCCAACGCGCAGCGAUGUAAUCCUCGCGACAGAACGAACCGUUCGAAAUAAGCAUACUGCUGAAUCUCUUUAGUGCCAAAAUGCAUUUCAUAUCAUCACUAGAACAUUGCUAACUGUGAUCUUUCUCUUGGAGAUGUAUUAUGACUAAACAAUAGUUAGGUCGGAGUAUAGAUGUAUAUUUUUUAUUUAUGUAACUUUUUCUAUCAAAGUGAGAGCAUAAUAAGCCGAUGUAAUGCAGCUAGUUCCUACAUACUGGUUAUGGCUUUUGUUUUUGGCAUGAUGUCGUUACAGAUGACAUUAAAAUUGUAAGCUUUUUA